CUCCCCUGGGCGCGAUCUCGUCAGUUUCAAGGGGGGUCAAGGAAAAAAAAAAGACAUCGGAUUUUCUCCCUUCUUUCCUUUUUGGAAUUUGGCUUUAGGCUACCCGUGUCUCCCUUCUCCCUCCCUCCAACACCGAGACCUCCUCCACCCACCCACACAUUUGGAUUUUUUUUUUUUUGGAAAUGGCCCGGGCAGCGGCUCUUGGAAGAGGAACAAGUGUGGGAAAAGAGAGAGGAAACUGGAGCUAAAUGACAGGAUGCAGGCGACUUGAGACACAAAAAGAGAAGCAUUUCUCCCGGAUCAAGGCAGUGUUCCGCUGCUGCUUGCUUUUCUCCAAGUCAACCUGAAGGAUUUUCAAGCUGCGGGAGGAUUUGAGACUAUCGGGGGAGGGAGUUUUUUUUCCCCCCUUUCCCUUUUGCCCUCCCCUUCUAUUUGUCUCCUUCGCCCCCUCCCCGGGUCUUUUUCUCUGCCCGAGGCUCUCUGCGUCCUAGUUGAGGAGAAUGGAUUGGGGGCUGCUCGUCCUGCACUGUGCCGCGCUCACUGUAGCCCUUGCCAGCGCGGUUCGGAACGGUAAAUGUGGUGAUAAUAUAAAAAUUGUGAGUCCUGGGUACCUUACUUCUCCUGGUUAUCCUCAUUCUUAUCACCCAAGCGAAAAAUGUGAGUGGCUGAUUCAGGCUCCAGACCCAUACCAGAGAAUUAUGAUCAACUUCAAUCCUCACUUUGAUUUGGAAGACAGAGACUGCAAGUAUGAUUAUGUUGAAGUCAUUGAUGGAGAUAGCGCAAGUGGACGUUUAUGGGGAAAGUUCUGUGGCAAGAUAGCUCCUCCCCCAGUGGUGUCUUCAGGGCCAUUCCUGUUUAUCAAGUUUGUCUCUGACUACGAGACACAUGGUGCUGGAUUUUCCAUACGCUAUGAAAUUUUCAAGAGAGGUCCUGAAUGUUCCCGAAACUAUACUUCAUCUACUGGAGUGAUAAAGUCCCCUGGAUUCCCUGAAAAGUAUCCCAACAGCCUUGAAUGCACUUACAUUAUCUUUGCACCAAAGAUGUCAGAGAUUAUCUUGGAAUUUGAAAGCUUUGACCUUGAGCCUGACACUAAUCCUCCAGGGGGGAUGUUCUGUCGAUAUGACCGACUAGAAAUUUGGGAUGGAUUCCCUGAUGUUGGUCCUCAUAUCGGGCGUUACUGUGGACAGAAAACACCAGGCCGCAUCCGUUCCUCAACCGGCAUUCUGUCGCUGGCUUUUUAUACUGACAGCGCAAUAGCGAAAGAAGGAUUCUCUGCCAACUACAGCGUCUUGCACAGCAGUGUCUCAGAAGAUUUCACAUGUAUGGAACCACUGGGCAUGGAAUCAGGAGAAAUUCAUUCAGACCAAAUCACAGUUUCUUCCCAGUAUAGCACCAAUUGGUCUUCAGAAAGAUCUCGCUUGAAUUACCCAGAGAAUGGAUGGACUCCUGGAGAAGAUUCCUAUAGAGAGUGGAUUCAGGUUGACCUGGGUCUUCUCCGCUUCGUCUCUGCCAUCGGGACACAGGGAGCCAUAUCAAAAGAAACCAAGAAAGAGUACUAUGUCAAGACUUACCGAGUGGAUAUUAGUUCCAAUGGUGAAGACUGGAUCACUAUAAAAGAAGGGAACAAACCAACUAUCUUCCAGGGGAACACCAACCCCACAGAUGUUGUGUAUGGGGUUUUCCCCAAGCCCUUUAUAACACGUUUUGUCCGAAUCAAGCCAGUAACUUGGGAAACUGGUAUAUCGAUGAGAUUUGAGGUUUAUGGCUGCAAGAUAACAGAUUAUCCUUGCUCCGGAAUGUUGGGGAUGGUGUCUGGACUCAUUUCAGACUCACAAAUCACAGCCUCAAAUCAAGGAGACAGAAACUGGAUGCCUGAAAACACCCGCCUUGUCACCAGCCGCUCGGGUUGGGCACUGCCAUCUGCCCCUCACUCCUACACAAAUGAGUGGCUCCAGAUAGAUCUGGGUGAGGAGAAGAUUGUGAAGGGCAUCAUCAUUCAGGGAGGGAAACACCGAGAUAACAAGGUGUUCAUGAAAAAAUUCAAGAUCGGAUAUAGUAACAACGGCUCCGAUUGGAAAAUGAUUAUGGAUGACAGCAAACGGAAGACCAAGUCUUUUGAGGGUAACAACAACUAUGAUACACCUGAGCUUCGAACUUUUCCUCCUCUAUCCACCCGAUUCAUCAGGAUCUACCCCGAGAGAGCCACUCAUGGAGGAUUAGGGCUAAGAAUGGAGCUGCUGGGUUGUGAAGUGGAAGGCGGUACCACCAUACUGGCCACGGAGAAACCAACUGUCAUAGAAAGCACGAUACAGUCAGAGUUUUCAGCAUAUGGUUUUAACUGUGGAUUUGGCUGGGGAUCUCAUAAGACGUUCUGUCAGUGGGAACACGACAAUCACGUGGAACUAAAGUGGAGUGUGUUGACGAGCAAAACAGGACCUAUUCAAGAUCACACAGCAGGAGAUGGCAACUUCAUCUACUCCCAAGCUGAUGAAAACCAGAAGGGCAAAGUGGCCCGGCUGCUGAGCCCUGUCGUUUAUUCCCAGAACUCCGCCCACUGCAUGACCUUCUGGUACCACAUGUCAGGUUCCCAUGUUGGCACCUUGAGAGUCAAAUUGCGCUACCAGAAGCCAGAUGAAUAUGAUCAAACACUCUGGACUGCCAUCGGACAUCAAGGAAACCACUGGAAGGAAGGACGUGUUCUACUUCACAAGUCUCUGAAACAUUAUCAGGUGAUUGUUGAGGGUGAAAUCGGAAAAGGAAACCUUGGAGGGAUUGCAGUUGACGACAUUAGUAUUAAUAACCACAUUUCACAGGAGGAUUGUAAAAAAUCAACGGAUGUGGAUAAUAAGGACAAAGAAAACUCAAAUCCUGAAACAGGAAGCACACCAGGAUACGAUGGAAUAGGAGAAGGUGAUGAGAACAUCUCUAGGAAGCCGGGCAAUGUGUUGAAGACCUUGGACCCCAUCCUCAUUACCAUCAUCGCCAUGAGUGCCCUCGGUGUCCUUUUGGGAGCCAUAUGUGGGGUUGUCCUGUACUGUGCCUGUUGGCACAAUGGGAUGUCUGAAAGAAAUUUAUCUGCCCUGGAGAAUUACAACUUUGAACUUGUGGAUGGCGUAAAGUUGAAAAAAGACAAACUGAACACACAAAACACUUACUCGGAGGCAUGAAGGCCGAGAUGAAAAGACAAAUCGAGGAAUUUAAGUGGAAGGAUGGAACUUGAGUGUGCUGGGGAACAGUUGAUCUUCCUUUACUGUACAGGCUGAAACAUGCGUUGAUGACGCUGAGCCAAGCUUUUCUCAGGAGGUUUGAUGAGUAUAGCCGACAGACGAACCUGAACAAUCAUCUGUAUUAACGAUCUGAACCAUGGACGGUCAGCUUUUUCUGUUGGUUUGAUUUAAAUAAUCAGAUGCUGGUGUUGAGACCAAGUAGGAUUGACUUAAUGAUUCCUUUUGUUCUUUCCCCCAUCCCCCUCUCUCUUUUCUCCUUUUCCUUUGAUGGAUUUUAUUCUAAACUGUGCAAAAUCCAAGAUGCAGUCACCAAGUGUAUUCAGUGGGGACCCUUUGCUGCCUGUAACUCAGUGCCCAGAAAAGAUUGGAUUAACUGCAAUUUAGUGGACUCUCACACCUGUACUUGUGUAUAAUUACUCGUGUUGUGCAUAGGCAAAGAAGGGUUAGGCUGUCUUUUUGAGAGAGUACCGUCGCCUCAGUACCAGUAUAGUGUGUCAGCUCUGUUUACGAAGCAAUACGGUCCAAUCUCCCUUGAUGUUUUCAGUGUUGUACUCGACUUUGUGCUUGUGAACUCCAUACAGAAUAACGUGCCAUCAUCAGCCGUGACUGGCAACUGACCCGAGUGUACCACCGGAAACCGAAACAAACAGUCCUUGGCACUGGCUAAUUUAUGUCCUCCAAAGUGCCUUUUUGUUUGUACUGGUUCUCAUUGUGUUCACUUGACUGACCCACUCUCUUUCCCUCUGAUGAAAAGAAGCCCUUAUCUCUAAUCAAACCCUGGUGGUGUCCUGACUAAGAAGAAAGUAUAUUUUAGUGUGAAAUGUUACCCCUCCCUCCCCCAGGAAGGCAAGGGCUCUGAAGAUUGGGCAACUUGGCUUUGAUUGUUCUGCUUUUUCUGUAAUUCAGUUUCAUGUCUCUUAACCCUUUUGUAGAAAGCUGCAAUAUCCUCUUUUAUUGUCCUUUCAUAUGGAAUGUAUUUUCAGAUGUAAACUUUUUCUUCUCUUCUUCUUCUUCUCUCUCUUUCCUAUCACUCUGUGUCUUUUCUCUCUUAUUAAAAGAUAGGCAUUUGCCAUUGUUGAGGAAAGAAACCUGCAGCUUUAAUUUGCUGACAAUGGCAGAAGAUUUUACUAGACUUUAUGUUUAAAAGUAAAUAAAUAACGGAAAAUUCCUAAUUUUACUCCCCCCAAAGUCUAACUUUGGGCUUCUUGUUAACUCUAUAAAGUGACAGUAUCCUUUUUCCUUCAACUUUUCACUCUCUUGGUCUUUUUAAACCCAAAAUCAGAAUCAAAAUUAAUUGAAGUGUUUAGGUUCAGUGGGGAAAGAUAAAUUGGGAGCUUGUGGGGUGUGGUUUUUAUUGAAUUCGGUUACAAAUAAGACCUCAAAGAAAGGCUGAAAGAAAGCCAUGAAAUUUCAGUGCUAAAUGUUCCAUUGGAACCUUCUUAUCUGGGACUCAGGUUGACUAAGUAAGUAAGGUUAUCAGGUUCCUUUAAAUCCCAAUGAAACUGUUUGGUUGGAAGAUAAGAGGGGAAUAAAAAAGCUAGCAGUUCAUUUGAAAGAAAAACUCUAAAUCUUGGAGCCAGGAAAGGAAAAUGUUCUGAGAUGAGGAAAGUAGCGAACUUUUAAAACCCAUAUCAAAAAUGCACUCAGAAGCAGGGGAAACUGGUGGCUCCUGUGAAUGAAUGCCUCUGGGCUUCUUUCCAAGUCGCUGAACAAAGUAGAAGCCUUCUGUGGGGCAGGGCUUAGGGCUCCUAAUGCCAUAGCAAGUGAGACAUCCUGGUAUCAAGGCAGCCUGUGAAUUAUCCCAAAGAAAUUUUGAUUGUUUUCCGUGUAUUUGUGUCAUGUUGUAUAUAAUGAUUUGUAGGUCUUUCCCCCCCUCCUGCAUAAGGACUGGUCUCUCCAAUAAACUACUGGGAGUCACAUUUGCAUCCCAUUUGCAGUAUGGAAAGCCCAUUCAUCUUGAUUUAAUUGGAUUGGGAAUGCUGUUUGUUUCUUGUAAAGUAUGGAGGGCCACAAAAGAAGAGUAAGUUUUGUCCCCGAUGGCAUCCGGUCCAGAACCAGGACUAAAGCACUAAAGACUUCAUUUCUUAGAAGGUGAUGGACUUAAAGUUGCCUUCAACCAAGGAAAAAUGAUACUGCAACUUUAAAUUAAAAAGUAUCUUGCACUGAUAAAUAUAUUUAAAAAUUAUAUGUUUAUAAAGUUAUUAAUUUGUAAAGGCAGUGUUACAGAAUGUUCAGUUUAUAUUGUUUUAGAUUGUUUCAGAUUGUUUCAUAAUUUUUAAAAGUGUAAAAUAACAUAUUUUUUUUCUUUAUUGAAAAACUAUAAAAAAAUCUUCUGUAGUAAAAUGAUUUCAUUUUACUGGUAUAUUAUUGCUUCAUGUUUUGUACCAUCAUGAAAUUUUGUGCAAAUUUUUUUUACAGAAAUUUUUAUUUUCUAUGACAAUAGGACACUUGUAAAUUGUUGUUUCAAAAUGAACAGUGAAGCCUUAACUUUAAAUGAUGUUUGUAUUCUCAGACACUGAGUAGCAUAAAAUCCACCUAGAACUGACCUGUAACUGAAAUUCCAAACUAUGACUACUACAUUCCAAAGAAACAGUUGGAUUAAACAUUUUCAUAAAAUA